AUGGCUUUCAAAGAUCUCAAUGGAAAUUUAGAUUAUUCAGGAGAUGAAAAUAACUUUAAUUCAGAAUGGGAUAGCUCUGAAGAUGCAGCUGUUGAUGACGACUUAAAAGUUCUAUACGAUGAAUCCAUCACAGGCUUCAUUCAAGUUUUAAGUAACGGAAACCCUGUGAAGAAAGAAAAUAUUGCGACUCCAGAAAACUCUUCGCUUGACUACUCUGCAGAAUCCCGCAACACGCAAAGCCUCUUUAUUUCGGUAUCCCAAGAACCAACCGUCCAGAAUUUUUUCUCCUCGACCGCCUCCUCAAUAGCAUGGGAAGAGACAAAUAACGCGAACGGCGGUCCCCACCACCGACACCGCAAACGAGGGGCGCUUCACUCACCAGUCGUGAUCCACGACAGUCGCCUGGGCCCAGGUAUGGGCGGGUCUGCGGUCGAGACGCUCGACUCGUCGGGCCUACAGCGCUUCGCCACCGAGCCGGCGCCGCAGACGGCCGUGCUUGGGUCCACGGUCGUCCUUCCUUGCAGAGUUGUGAACAAAGUCGGUCAUUUACAAUGGACCAAAGAUGGCUUCGGCUUGGGUAACGAAAGAAGGUUGUACGGAUUUGCACGGUACAGCAUGAUCGGCUCAGACGACGAAGGUGACUUCAGCCUACGGAUCCAGCCCGUGCAGCUGGACGACGACGGACUCUUCCAGUGUCAGGUUUCAGCCAGCGAUGGAGUGCCUGGCAUAAGGUCUGAGGAGGUGCAGUUGAAGGUCUACGUACCACCAGACCCGCCUGUCGUGGAGCCUGCUGAGCUGCAGACCACAACUGGUCUUCACGCGACGCUGAAGUGCACCAGCAGAGGAGGCAAACCGCCCCCCGAGAUCCAGUGGGUGGACGACAAGCACCCGCGGGACCCGUUGGGUCUGGGUGCCGUGACCACCAUGGAGAUGAUGGGGGACAGCAAACGUUCCAUCGUAACGUCCACACUCACAUUCGUCCCCAGACGCACCCACGACAAUAGCACCAUCACCUGCAUCACCUCGCACCAAGCCCUCUCCACGCCUCUCUUUAGCUCAGCGCGGGUGCGCGUGUACUUCGCCCCCGAGGUGCAGGUGAGCGCCCACCCGCCCAGGCUCGUCGAGGGCGACGACGCCCACUUCGUGUGCCACGCCGAGGCCAACCCACCUGACCUCAGCUUCAGAUGGUACCACAACAGCGUUGAGCUCGAGAACCAAACACUGAGGACUUUAACGCUGCCGAGGAUCUCAAGGGACAUGCAUAAGGACACGGUAUCCUGCGAGGUGUCCAACAAAGUAGGAUCGUCUAAGAAGACCCUGGGGGUACACGUCCGGUACGGGCCAGUGUUCAGGUCGCUGCCCCUGGACGCUGCGGCAGAGACGGGCCAGGAGGUGCUGCUCAGAUGCAGCGUCGACGCCAACCCCCAGCCUUCCAUCGUGUGGCUGCAGGAGGGGGACAACAAAAUCAUCGGGAACGGGUCAGAGCUGCGGGUGUCGGUGAGCCCGCUGACCGCGGGUGCGUAUCGCUGCGUAGCGGGGGUGCGGGAACGCGACCUACAAUUCCCCGAGCUAAUUGGCAAGAUGAAAGUGCUCCUCAAGGGGCCACCCACCAUUGUGAGCCCCACGGACCAAGUGGGGCGGCCUGGGGCGACCGUGCACUUAGAAUGCAAUACAGUGUCCGUCCCAAGCCCCAUCAAAGUCACGUGGACGUACAGAGGGAAGCCCGUUGAUCUCGGCAGUUCGCGCUACGAAGUGAAGGAAGAGCAGCGGCUCGAAGGCCUACGAACAAUCCUUGUCAUUCAUGAUGCAGCAGAGACGGACUUCGGCGACUACAACUGUUCGGUGGUGAACGAGUACGGCGUCGCCAGGAAACUCAUACGACUUAACGAAGAAAAGCGCGUCCCCCUGGCGCUAGUGCUAGGCAGCUCAGGCGCCUUCUUCCUCGUUGUCCUUCCUGUGGCGAUUUGUGUACUCUGCAGGAAACGCGUCUGUCGCGAUAAAGAUUCCCCGGAACCCGAAAAGAUGGUCUCAACACCGUCCGGACCUCCGAACAUGUAUUCCGCAAAUGCGGACGCCCGCCUCAGCGACCGAGCCACUCCGUCUCCAACUCAUGCCUCCCGAGGCCACGAGAACAACUCGAUGGCGGCGACCGGUUUGGGCGACAACAACCUCUGUGGUAACAACAAUUUCUUGGAGGUCAACAGGUCCCAGAAGAACAACAGUUAUGGACAUGACGGAACCUCCACCUUCUCGCCGCAGAUCAGGCGCGAGCACCGAGACGACCAUUCAGUGUACAUGCCGCUGAUGAGCCUCAACGACGACCACGACAUCGAGCGCCGCUGUUCCCUCUCCGGCCUCGGCAGCGCCAGGGCCGCGCCGCCGGCCGACCCAAGAACCCCCGACUUCUGCACCAUGAGACGAGGAGCUCGGGGGCCUGACAUUACCCUGAGCCACCACAUGGACAGAAGCGCAGGACAUACGCUUGAAAACAAUGGGGCUAUAAGUCAUCACUUGGAAAAUAAUGGGAGUGGUUCAAUGAUGGCACUGCCGCAGCCGGUGAACGGAAUAAGGCACAACGGAGACAUUUUUCAUGCUCCUUGUGACGCAUAUGGCGUGGCUCAUGAUGGAAUGAGGCAGAGUCUUGACAUGAACCAUCACAUGAACAGCAGGUACUCCCCUUACUCUCCCUACGGCCCCUCUCCACCCCCUCAUCUACGUUCCCCUCUACACAAUGGGUACAGCGCUGCUAACCCCUCGACCUCCCCUCGUCUAGACCACAAUGUAAACAGACGUGCAGAAGCUGACUACAUAUAUUCGUCGGGCGCCAUAUUGAAGCCGGGCACACUCGUCUGACAUCGAAAUUAAUUACAUAGAAUUCAAUUUCUGUCAAUAAAAGUUAUAUAACUAAUCUUUUCCUUUGUGAUUUGAGGUUGUAAAUAUUUCCUACCUAAUCAAAUUCACGAAUUUCCAUAAAUAUAAAAACAAUGAUUCAAAUGCAAUAAAAUAUCAGCGGUACGGGUGUACAAGUACGAACGGGUGCGAUACACCGUAUACCGGGGCGCUUCAACUAAUUUAAUAGAUAUCUAAAAAAAACUAAAAUGCGUAAUGGCUUAAUUUUGGUUAUUAAUGCAUUUUUUCAGUAUAAAAACCGCAAUUUUUAACAGAACAUUCUAAUUAUCUAAAAGGAUGUUACUAGCGUAUAAAACAAUCGCGUACUUUUAAAUAGCUCAAGGAAAAUCGUAGAAGCAUCACCUUUCAAAGAUUACUCCAUUUUGUCAUUUUUGGGAUUUCGAUUUGCGAACGGUCAGAACACUUAACAUUAUUUCAAGGUAAUACAUUUCUCGUGUGAAUAUCGGGUCUGAACGAAGAAAUUUUCCUUUGAUUAUAAACGCAAUUUGCACGUAUUUAGAAGUUAUUUGCUAUAUAGUACAACUAAUCUUAGUCUGUGGAUAAUUUAGUCACUCCGAGCAACUUAGUUCAAGAAAUAAUAGUAAAAAAGUAGGACCUGAACGUUAUUCAAGAAAUCGUAGUGAAAUAUUACAAAGAGACUUGCCAUUACUACAUCAUUAGAACAAGGAUUGAUGAAGGAUAAUGAUUAGAUGUGUUAAAAGCCCUUUCAAAUAAAUUAAUUUAGAUAAAUACUUUGCACCUAGAACGUCCGAAUCCUUGCACGCUAGAUAAAAAGUGACUAUUCUCCUAUAUUCUUUCAUUAGCUUACUCGAUUAGAAUAUUUUUUAUUAUCUCCCAACAAAUCGCACUUCUCCCCAGAAAUUUUCCCUAGUUAAACUACUCUAUUAGUCAAAUUUCAUUUUUUUAUACCCAAUAUAAAAAAUUAUUCGAAGUUUGAUGAGCGACUGCCUUGAUCAGAAGCGAAAGAAUGACGAAGGCCGCUCAGAAAAUAUCGUUUCAUAGCUCUCAACAGUCAAGAUCAAUAAUUCAUAAAUGUGAGGCAAUUAAUAUAACAUUAAAUAAUAAUAAUCUUAAAAUUGGAAUUGAGAUUGUGAUCGCAGUUUAAUUCAUUUCGAAAUGCAAGGUUCUGAUGUAAUUCUAAUCAUUUACGUAUUCGUAAUUGCGUGAUUUUCAUGCACAAAUAAGGCUGACUCGCCAGGCGUUCACAAAAUUAUCAAGUCAUGGCGCAGGGCAGUGUUUUCGGAAAAUUUUUCAAAAAUUUCAAAUUUUUGGAUGAUCGCAAAGCUUCGCUGAUCGCAAGGUCGUCUUAAAAAAAUGAGGGCUUAGAGAUCCAAGUUUUGCACCCUCUAUUCACAGGAGUUAAACAUAAAAAGCGUAUUUUCGUUCAUAAGACUCUUUUUGAAAUCUUACAUUAAACUGCUAAUUUCACUCGCUGUUAUUAUAAUGUGUACGAAGGCAUUCAUAAUUAAGAAGAAGCUAAAAAAUAUUGCACAUAUCAUUUCUUGUAUACCCGUUAGUUAAUGUAGAGCGAGUAGAAUCAAUCGUAUUUAAAGCAAUCACAAAUAAUUAUUAAUUUAUAAGAGUAGCUUAUUCAUAGCUGCACCACCCAAUAGAAACUGUGCAUAUCACAUAAGAUUGCCGGAAAUUUACGGGCAUUUAACCACAUUUAUGUAUCUGAAAGUUCGAUCAACUUGCCAGACGCGGGAAACUCGAGCAACGACUGUAUGGAGCAAAUGCGUGAGAACAUUUUCACUAUUUUUAUUCAUUUUGAAAUUCAUUCGACAGACACUUUACAUUAAAUUUGUUUCCCCAGUAUUUCGUAAUAAAUAAUGUGCCGAGAUUAUGAUAAUUUGUUCGUCUUUCAUGAACAAAUUUCAUCAAUUUCAUCAAUCAAUUUCAUUUCAUCUUUCACCCCGAUUAAUUUAACGUAAAAUGCCAUAUUCCGAAGAAAGAAGCAAGUUAAAUGUGUGAUAAAUUUUGACACAACUGUAAAAAUAAUUCACUUUGAUUAAGGCUUUUCUUCUUAAUUUGUCAUUAGUGGUUGACACUCAAGAACCAAUAACCUUAAGUUCGGAUACCAAUAAUCAAAUGAAAGAAAAUAUGUUAUGUUAAAUCUACAUGAUAUAUAUGGUAAAGAAUUUAUGCACGGCCUCAGUGUAAAUCAAGCCUUGUGAUCAGAGACACAUUUGAGAGUAAUAAAUUAAAUGUCGAGAAACACUGGAAAUUAUGCCUGGCUUCCCUGUAAACACGUUGUUCCUUAUUGUAAAAAUCGCAUGAUAUCUUAUUAUUCCACGUUCGAAUUGGAAUUACAGAAGUAUAUAUUUUUUUCCACGUUCGAUUGAAAGAAUCAUUUUGUGGCUUCAAAGUUUCCAAAGUUCAUCAGCAAAAAUAAAAAUUUUUCAUAUACGGUAGAAUAUUUUUCCUUGAUUUUAUUAGUUGAUUGUUUUCUAAUAAUUAAUGAGGAGCGGUUAUUAAUGAAAUUCAUUUUAUUUACUCAUGAACAAAUCAUUUUCAAAAUUAUGCAAAGCUUUCCCGUGUUUCCUGUGAAAUCAAUAAAAAAUUUUGUAUAUCAUAAAAAAUUAAGAUAAGCUUUGCUUGUUCUGGGAUGCAUAUAGAAUUAUACUCUUUAGAAAAAAAAGUGAAAGUAGUUCUUUGAAAGCUUUAUUUUCACAUUCCAUUCUUCCGUCAUUCUCCAUCAUUCCAUUUCUAUGGUAUAAAGUUCACUUGACGCUUCAUGCCAUUAAUCGCACACCCAAGUAACGCUUCUGAGCCUUAGUGCCGCCUCCUUGUACAUAAUAUCUUUCAAUAUACAUUCUGCAAGAUAAUUAUAACUCCUAAAUCAGGCUCUUAUAAAUCAAAAGCUUUCUUUCUAAUCAGCAAGCUUUGGUAAAUGCUCAUCGCAGUUCAAUUGUAGGCGCUCAACCGAUUUACAUUUUGUCCCGCUCAUGUAAAUGUUUCUGCUCACGAGUUUCAUCGUAAUUGUUGAAUCACGGGCUAUAAUGGACGGCACCGUUCACUUUUAGAUCUGUAUUCAACCCUUUAUUUGAAUUCGCUAAUGAUAUAAACCCAAAUGCUGACGAUAUCCAGGGGUUGGAUUGAUCUGGCAUCUCAAAGAAAUUUUGCUGCCAUGCUCCAAGCUCCAAAUUUAAUGACAUCAUCUUCCGGCGCUCAGGGACAAUCUUUCAACAUAUCCAACGUUCUCUUUGGUCGUCCAAAUUCCCGUGAAAGUAUUUUACGGAUCUUUUAAUGUUUUAUUCAUGCGCGGGUUUGCCGCUCGCAAGAAAUUAUUGAUGGCUGAAAUGAGGAUUACAGUUCCAUCGCGUACAGAUUGCAUCGUUUCGUGACAGGAUAAAAAACACAGACAUCGGUUAAAAUUCUCCAGGAUGUUGUGUCCCAAAGACCAUCACUGGAAUUUGUAAUUUUGUAAUAAAUUGAGAU